UGGAACAAAAAAUCCAAUCGAUCAAUCCAGUCAAUGAAUGAAAAAAAUCACAAAUCAAUCAAAACCAAAGAAAAAAAACAAUUGUCCAACAAUCGAUAGUAUCGAUGAUGGAAUAUACAGAUUUUCUGGAACCAAACUGUUGCUCAAUCUUUAUUGAUUUUAUUCAAAAUUUUCAUUUUUAUUGAUGCAUUGUUUUUAUUACGUCGACCAUGAACUCCUCUGCCGACCAGAAUGGCGAUUCCAUUCCGACAUCAAAUUCAUUGACCAACAUUAAAUCAUCAUCAUCGGCUUCAAUUCAUGCCGUCGAUGAUGCACCUUAUUGUGAGAAUUGUUUGCAACUUGAAUUCUUUAAUAUCAACUGCACAAAGUGCUUUGCUUCGGUUCACCAUGAAACAACCAGCAUCUCACAACUGUUGGCCAUCGCCAGACAAUGGCAUCCUGACAUUCAAACCAACAUGGAUCUGCUGAUACAGCGAAUGUUGGACAAGGGAGCACAUCCCGAUGACCGCGAUCAAUUGACUGACAUGACAUUACUGCAUUUUGCAUGCAAAUCAGGCGCCAUAGGCAUUGGCGAUGCAGAGAAAAGUCUAAACUUGGUCGUCACUAUGGUUGAAAAACACCAGGCCAAUCCGAAUUUGAUUUGCAAAUGGAAUGACAUGAGUGCAUUGCACAUAGCCACCUAUUUCGAUGUUGCACCCGUAGUCGGAUAUUUGGUGACCGUCGUCAAGCCAUCGAUUAUUGAUUAUCCGAGCCGAUAUUUAGAUUCGCAAACGCCAUUGCAUAUAGCUGCAACAAAUCUUUGUCUGCGAUCGGCUCGUAUUCUGCUAUCGUCUGGAGCGAAUAUUCUACUCAAAGAUGAUCGAAUGAAAACACCACUGGAUUGUGUUCCCAUUGAAAUGAAUGAAAAUUCAUCGAUUGAAAUGAAUCAACCGGACAUUUCAUUGGAAUUGAGAACGAUUCUGGAAGAGGCCACUUUAAUCAUUUCAGGUGAAUCAAACUCAACCGACGCUGAAUGCAUGAAAACGGCAAAAGUUGUACUAUCCGCUUUGGGAUUGGAAAUUGGCGAUCGAAUCAUUGUUGGCAAUGCCAAAGUGGGAACCCUACGUUAUUGUGGACCCACACAAUUUGCAACGGGAAUCUGGACAGGCAUCCAACUAGACGAGCCCAUCGGCAAAAAUGAUGGCAGUAUCGAUGGUGUACGAUAUUUUGUUUGUCCACCAAACUAUGGAAUUUUCGCACCAAUCAAUCGCAUAUCAAAAUUAGAUACCGACGAUUGUGAUCUGAUGAUGAUGAUGAUGAUGAAUCACAGUUUCGAUUCGAAACAACACCACCAUGGAAGACAAUCAAACCACUACCAUUAUGGUUAUAAUCCAAUGAAUGUACAUUCGAAAAUCGAUACAGGACUCAACACAAUCUCUCGUUAUAGCCAUGUCAAUCUUGCAUUGUCCUCUUCACGGUCAUCGAUCAAUUCGGAAGACGUUUGCAUCGGCAGUAAGGUUUAUCUGACCGACAAAAAGACCGGAAUCAUUCGAUUCAUGGGACCAACGAAAUUUGCUCCCGGUAUCUGGUACGGCGUCGAAUUGACCAGGCCGAUAGGCAAGAACGAUGGCUCUGUUCAAGGUGUUCGUUAUUUCACUUGCAAACAACGUUAUGGCAUUUUCGUUUCAUUCGCUCGAAUCGCUAAAGUAAUGUCAAGUUCGAAUAGCAAAAAUUCUCCCGCACAAAUUCGUUCAUCACAAGAUGUAUCGGAAUCAGAAGAUGAUUCAGAUAUGAGUCUCAAUUACAGCGGCACCUCUUCACUUGAUCUACUUCAAUUCACACAAUUGAAAAACACGGAAAGUAAACUGAAUAAUAGUAAUCACCAUAAUAACAAUAAUAAUGACGAUCAUAAUGUCAAGAAUCGUAACAAACCGGCCAUCAGACGUUCAAUGAGUCUAUGUCGAAACAUUUCUACCACCACCACCACCAAACGUCAUUCGGAUAAAGGUGAAUACAUCAACAACAACAACAACAGCAACAGCUUACCUCAUGAGAAAUCGUGGCUUCGAAUCGGUGUCAAUGUUCUCGUCAACGGUAUGGUCGGAUCAAUUCGUUACAUUGGACCCGUUCAUUUUGCCGCCAAAGGCAUCUUUCUUGGCAUCGAAUUGCGAACACCGAGUGGUAAAAAUGAUGGUUCAAUCGAUGGAAAACGUUAUUUCACUUGCAAGCCCAACCAUGGUUUAUUUGCAAGACCUAAAAAAGUGACCAUUCGUGGCAUAAACGCAGCAAAACUAUUACCUGAUUCUCAAAAUUAGACCAUUAUUACUCACAAUAUUUGAUAUAGUCCUGUGAUAUAUAAUAUAAUAAUUAUUUUAUGAUAUCAAACAUUCACUC